CACGUGCUUGAUCCCUGUUCUCGUGGAAUCAAACCAAACGAAAUUUUUCAUCGAUUGUUUAUUUUUAUUCCAAUACUUUUGCAAGUAAAUAAUAAUGUAACAAGUGUUCCAAGUUCCAACACACAGACACCAAGAAAUUAGGGUUUGGCAAUCAUGGCGGAGGUAGGCGGCGAUGGCAGCAGUGAUUUGUACCAUUCAAUUCCACGCGGUGGGCCGCUCUAUCUCUCCAAUCUCGUUGGCUCUCUCACUAACCUUCCAUCCUUCAGAAAUCACCUCCUCUCUCAACCCCAGGAUCUUCGGGAAGAGUUAGGUCAAGAUUUCAAUGAUACUGGUGAAGAAGAUGAUUUAUCGGUGGACGAGCUUAAGAUAGUUACAGAAGAAGAGUUAGUUGAUAAGGCAUUUGACAUCGCAUUCAAAGAUGAAGUGACUAAAACAGUUCCAGAAGUUUCAGAGAAGUGCUUGGACGAAAGUAGAACCGAGAUUGGAAAAAUAUCAGAGACACGAGACAAUGCUAUUGCAGAAAGCUCGAAAAGUGGAACUGAUGGUGCAUGUUUAGAUGAAAUUGGCAUAAGCGACUCUAGUGAGAGAUUGUGCAACAACUCAAAGAAGAGACAGGGAAGGAAAAUAAAGAGACAAAGCAGUGAUAGGAGAAAGAGAAAGAGGGAUGACAAUCAGACCAUAGAUAUGAAGAGGAGAAAGAGACCAAAAAAAUUAACUGUUGAGGAAAGCUAUACUGCAAAGGUGAAAGAACUUGAAGGAAUCAAGGAGGAACAACUUGAAGACAAAGCAGCUGCAAAGCUACAUUCUUUCAAUGGUAGGAUUAACGACAGCACAAUGACUUCUUCAGAGAGACUUGACAGAACGACAUCUCUUAAAAGUAACAAUUCCACAGCAAAGGCAAGAAUAUCAAGUAGUCGUGAAGGGCAAGUAGUCCAGCCAGGAAAAGAAGUUACUCUCUGUGUGGAGGUUUACCAUAACAAAAGGACUUGGCAAAAGAUCAGCUCAUGGAAAGAGCAGGGCAGCAUGACACUUCUGGAUAUUUCCUUAUUCGAGAAUGUCUUUUGCAAUGAUCUGAGAGAUACCUCUGCAAUAGACUAUAGCAAACCUAUUCUGGACUGGCUUAAAGACUCAAAGAAGGAAGCACUUAAAAAUUGGGAAUAUAUUCUAUCUGGAAGAUUACAGCCAAGGCAGAAGGCCCUCGUAGAUAAUAAAAAGAAAGAAAUUUUGCCUGGGUUUAAAGCUGUCCGGAUGCAAGAGACACAAUUUUGUGAAUUAAACUUCCGACUCGGGGCUGGAUACCUAUAUUGUCAUCAGGGUGAUUGCAAGCACACUAUUGUUAUCAGAGAUAUGAGGCUGAUUCAUCCUGAAGACAGACAAGAUCGAUUUGCUUAUCCAGUUGUAACAUUCCAAAUUAAACCACGGAUCCGAAAGUGUUCUGUAUGCCAGAUAUUUAGAGCCAAAUUGGUGACAGUGGACGACAAAUGGGCUGAAGAGAAUCCUUGCUGUUUCUGUGAUGCUUGCUAUUAUAUGCUUCACUAUUCCAACGAGUCCUUGCUGUAUCCAGACUUCUCUGUAUAUGAUUAUCACCAUGAUCAAAUUUGAACUGAAAACAUUUUGCAUGCAACUGUUACUUGUUAGGAAUAUAGAAAAAGAGUGUCCUGCUUAUCAAUCUUUGUAGUCUGAGGGGGGCUAAUGUACAUAAGAAAAAGAAGUUUUAUCUAUAUAGGGAUUCACUAGUGUGAGUUUCCAUAAAAAAAACAUGAUGGUAUGUUAACUAAGAUUUUGCACUUUGGUGAGGUAA